GGUUUCUCACAAAUGAGCCUCCUCUUGCAGGAUAAGAAAGGAGUUCCUGGAGCCAAGAAUUCAUUCCCAGUGUCUGAGACCUAGUCACGACCUCACACCAGAGCUCUGGGGCACGAGCAGAGAAAACAGGAUCGAAAGGUCUCAGACUUGCUUAUCACCUCACACAGGGAACAGAAAAUGACCACGUUACAGGAGUCAAUCUCAUUUGAACAUUUAUCUGUGGACUUCACCGAGAAGGAAUGGCAACUGCUGGACCCCUCUCAGAAGGACUUAUACAAGGACGUCAUGUUGGAGAACUACAGCAGCCUAGUGGCACUGGGGUAUGAAUUUAUGAAACCUGAUGUCAUUUUCAAGUUGGAACGAGGAGAAGCACCGUGGAUAGAAGAUGGAGAAGUUCCAAGUUCAGACUCUCCAGAACAAGACUCUCAAGUAAAUAGUCACAUGAUGUGGAACCAGGAUAACCAAGAGAAGCCUAAAAAUACGAAACAAGAUUAUGAAUGUGAUGCAUUUGGAAAGAAUUUCAAUCUGAGCAUAAACUUUGUUCCUUUAAGAAAAUCAAACAAUGAAGGUUGUUCCAUUGACCUGGAGACAAUUCUACAUUGGACAACUUCUAUUGCAUUCCUUUUAGUAAAUGGAUCUUUUGGAAGUCUAUGAAUUUUGAGGUCUGUCGUAGUAGUGCUUUCUCUCCAGCUUUCCUUUGUGUGCCGUGAAUCUUCUGACAGUUAUCUCUGUAUGGAUCCCUAUGUUCCUGAUAUUUUCUUACAAGAACACUUUCUUACAAAUAAUGUGUUGAAAUUUGGGGAGCAGGAUGUUUAUUGAGGAUCAAUAAACUCACACAAUACCAGAUUUAUCUGUAUUAAAAAGCAGAAUAUAGGUCAAUAGUCAUUUGCUAUCUAUGCUUGGAACCACAGUAAUUUGUUAUUUCAUUUAUCCCAGAAAUAUACAAGUAUACCCAGUUUGUCAGUUUCAUUGUGCUUGUUGGUUUACAAAUACGGUACUACUAAAAACAAACAAAAUAUGGUACCAAGCUUUCAGAUGUUCAUUAACUAGUCGUGACCUAAGUGUUGAUUAACUCAUCCAUGAUCCUUGCAACUGUAUGCAUAUUUUUUGCACCUCGCUUUUAUUCUUUUUUAGUCUAU